UAAAUAAACAAUAAUAUUAGUAUAUAAUAUAGUUCACUAAUUAGUUUUGUUCCAAUCCAAAAAAAAAAAAGGAACAAUGGCUAAAGUUACACAGAUCUGCAAACGAACAGUAGUAAGCACAAAGCCAGUCCCACCUGGAAAAUACCACCCAUUAUCAGUUCUAGACCGUGUGAUGGAGAAAAACAACCUCAGAAUGGUGUACUAUUACCCAUCCAUGAGAUCAUCAUCAUACCACAAUCAUGAUGACGUGGAUGACGAAGAAGACGACGAUGAGGACGAUGAUGAUGAUGGUGGGAGGGUGGUAGAUAUAGAGAGGUUGAGAGAGUCUUUGGCUGAAAUGUUGACUAGUUUUGCAGCAGUGAGUGGAAGGUUGCAAAGAAAUGAGGAGAAUGGGGAGUGGAUGAUAAAGUGUAAUGAUGCAGGAGUAAGAAUGGUGGAGGCUAGAGCCCAAGGGAGUGUGGAAAAUUGGUUGAGCUGUGUGGAUAGGGAUGGAGAGCUUAACCUCGUUUAUUGGGAGGAGUUGUAUCAUAACCCUUAUUUUUGGUCCACUUUCUAUGUCCAGAUUACAGAAUUUGAAGAGGGUGGAUUCGCAAUUGGGCUGAGCUGCAUUCAUCUACUGGCUGACCUCACUUGUGCAACCAUGUUCAUCAAGUCUUGGGCCCAAACAACCUUCUAUGGCAAAAUGUUGGCCUCCUAUUUUCACCCAUUACCUACAAGAAACCUCACUACCAAAAAAAUCCACCAUGUUCCUUACACUCCCUUGAUCAACCAUUAUAAUUCCACAAUUGAGACUACUAAAUCUAUUGCAAUAAUCGACACAAAGUACACAACUGUGUCCUUUUCAUUUUCAGACAAAAAUGUUCGGGCCUGCAUUAAAUCGGCCCAAAUGAUAAACACUUCAAGUCAAACAAGCCCAUCACCUUUUGAGGCCAUAGCUGGGCUUUUUUGGGUAUGUAUUAGCAAAGUAAAAGGAAUAACAAAUGGGCUUGUGAACAUGUCUUUGUGUUUGGACAUGAGGCGUGUUCUAAAUGUGGAUAAGCGUUUUUUUGGAAAUUGUAUGGUUUAUAACCAAGUCAAUAAUCCUAAGGAUGUUGUCCUAGAAAAUGAGUUGUUGAAAGCUACCAAUGCAAUAAGAGAUGUAGUGGUGAAGAUGGACAAUGAAGGAAUCAUGGAUUUGAUCGAGUGGCUCCAACACAAUGAGAACAAAGAUGUUCCAUUGAUGAACGGCUGUGAUCUAGUUUGUGCUAAUUUAGAUGUGGCUAAUCCAUACUUGGCUGUGUUUGGAGACAUGGUUGAGCCUAUCCGUGUAUCUUAUUAUGUUGAGCCAGUAAUUGGGUUAGGACAGGUUUUAAUCCUUCCUGGUCCACCAAAGGAAGGUCCACUAAGUAGGGUGGUUAUGGUUACACUUCCAGAGGAUGAACUUAAGAAGCUUUGUGAGAAUGAUCUUCUUUUGAGUUUCUCUCCAAGUGUUUUGAUGGGACUAAAUAAAAAGCUAGAAUCUUCGAGGGAAAAGAAAGUAAACGCUGAAACAAGUGCGAAGGUGCACGGAUUAAAAUGACUAAUUAAUCUUGCAGUUUUCCUAAUAGAUCUCAAACUGUAUGCUCUUUCCUAGCCAGUACUUGUCCAUUUCAAUCACAGAAAUAAAUAACAGAAAAGGGAUCUUUGAUUCUGUACUUGAUACAGUAAAAUAUUGGAUACACACCUCUCUGCAAAUUGGGCACUUUGAUUCUCUACUUGCUGUUUUUAGUCCUUUGAAGAUCAUCACAGACGCAGCUGAGCAAGCACAUGCAUUGCAGAAAAGAUGGCCACAGCUCAAAGCACAUGGGUUGAAAACCAUUUCCUGCCAAAUUAUCACAUUACACACAUUAAGAAAAAAGUGUCACUAUCUUCCAUUUUGCAACUGAAAUCUGAAAGACUGAGAGGAAGAUCUUACCAAGCAUACAGCACAAGUAAGAUCAUAGUCCAACUUUUUAGAAUCUGGAAGUAUCAUAGUCAUUACAGGGGGCGUGGCAUCAAGAUCACUCGAAAAAUGUCCAGAAAGCCCACUGACAUGUCCCCCAUCCGAUGUGUCCAGGUUUAGAUAAAAAGCACCCAAUUCAAUAAGCCAAGGUGAUUGCAAGAGUUCAAUAUGUUCUGAUUGCAUCUUUGAUCUGAAAUUCUUGCCAUUUUCAGAGCAAUGUAUCUGCAGUAAAAGAGUAAGAAUCAUCAGAACAAUUAAUUACAUGAUUACAUAAAAACAAAAUGAGGGAAGAUUAGUAGACUAUGAUUGGCUAGGCCAUACUUUAUCAUACUUCUUAAGGAUCUUCCUGAUUGCAAUUGCAUUCAUUGUAGCAUAUUCAAUCAGCAUCUUUCCUUCUUCUACCA